UACACUCGUGCUUGCUUGUGAUCCAUCUGGAUAUAAAAUAACGUUGAAUUAAGAAGUCUUUAACAAAGUUUUGUAGUGUUUAACCUGAAGUGAUUUUAUUUUCCAGAUUUUCACAACAAAGUUGGCAGUACAAACAUGGUGUCACGUUGCGUUAUUUUGGUAUUAGUAGUUACUUUGAUUGAUUGUAUUAGUCCUAUUACCUGCAAAAAUGACACCUGGGACCGGUUCAUCUUCACCCAAGAAUGGCCGAUAGCAGUGUGUGAGAAAGCUAAUGAAACAGGACACAAGUGCCUUAUUCCCUCUCAGGUUAAUAGCUGGGGUAUACAUGGACUAUGGCCCACAAAUGGACAUACGAGGGGACCAACAGAAUGUCACAUAUCCAAGGAUUUCAACUUCACCAUGAUCAAGCCAUUGGUGGAAGAACUACAAAUUUUCUGGCCGAACAUUUAUGCUGAUACCAAUAUGUCCAGUUUCUGGAAACACGAGUGGGAGAAACAUGGACGUUGUGCUACCACCCUCCCUGCCACUGCCAAUGAGUACCUGUAUUUCAAACAAAGCCUGCAACUCAUGAAAAAGUUUAGCGCAUCCACGUUAUUAAAGAAUAAGGGCAUCUUACCAAGUAAGACAGCACACUACAGACUGGACCAGAUACAGUUUGCCCUGAUGCAACAACUAGGUAACAAGACUGUCAUCGUUGAGUGCACCAAGGAUUCUGCGACUGGUCUGUACAUGAUAUUUGAGGUGGAGAUCUGUCUGGAUAAGAAGUUUAAUCCAAUAAACUGUUACGCAAUUCAGGAUCGCCAGGACAACUCGGACAGUGGUCACUUUCUCAGGAAACACAAGAGCAGGUGCCCCCGUGGUCAGAAAGCCUUUGAGUACCCACCAAUACCCAAACAUUGAGUAGUCAGAAAUUAAGAUCAGGGCUAAAAUGCAAAUACAACACUACAACACUGCCUUGUUUAAGUUUACAUUGCAAACUUUUUGGGGGAAUAUGAAUUAUAAUAUAUCCUUACCUCAACUUUUUUUCCCAUGGCAUUCAAAAAGUUCAAUACUUUGUAUGUUGCCUGACAUUUCAUGUAAAAUGAGUGCACUUCCUUAAAAUAUUUGUCAAGAAACAAUCUUUUUGCGAUAGCCUGUUAUAAUUAAAUAUGUGUAUGGAUUCAGUAUUGCACGCUUUCCUAAGAACAUGUAAGGACUUAAUGAAAUAAACCUUAAAAAAUCCAUAAAAUUUUAUCUAUAUUUGGUAUAUAUACAUGUAAAGUGUUGUAGUUUUUAAAACAUUUAUUAACAAAACUGUUGAAAAACAUGUACAUGUAUUGUAACAAAACUUGCCAUCAUUGUGAUCCAUAUGUUUUAUUUUCUCAAUAAAUUAAUUGCUCAAGAUUUAUUCGUAAAACAUAUGUGACGGAACCAUAUUUGAAUUUGGAAAUAAAGAUUAGAUAAUGAUUAUUGAAUAUCCAUCCUGUAAUAAAAAAAAAACUAUAAAAAUCUUUGCAAUACGAAUUGUUAAGCAGGUAUUUGGUAAUUUGGUAAUUUUUCAUUAAGAUUUUUUUUAUAAUUUAAAGCUGCUUUGUGUACUUUUUAGUUAAAGAUUUGGUAUAUUUCCCUAUUUAGGAAAAUUUAUUCAGGUUUGUUAAAUUACUAUUUUUCGGUUCAUUUUUUUUCAAAAUUUAUCAAUGUUUUUUUGAAAUCAAGUUAUAUAGAAUCUGAGAUUUUCAUGACUGAUAUAUUUAAUGCUUGAAUGUGAGUUUACUGUAAAUGAUCAAUGCAACAUUCAAUUUUACUCUCAUGGUAGCAGCGUACAGUGGCCAUGGGUGAUAUUUUUGUACAAUGAAUAACCCCUGUAAUAUUACAUGUAUCAAAACUUUAAAA